AUGAAACCCAUACCAGUAGCCAUGAACCGUAGCGUUCGGCGUGCGGCACUCAUGACACUGCAGCCCCUUGUGUGUUCCGGCACUUCCGCAAGGUGCAUCACCACUGGUGAAAAUCACAGCUUUCGCCCUGGCCGUGUAACGCUUUUUUUACGCUCUCUUUUCGUAGCCCUCACACCUCAACGUCUCCGCUCUCGUAUGGCAACGGGCAUGCAACGCGGCAUGGAGCGUGUACAAAUAUUAGAACAGGAGCAGUUAUGGUUGCAGCGUCAUGGCUCCCCAUUGCGCAUUUUGGGACUCCCUGAUCAUGCUGAAUUACCGGAAGUACGCGCCCGGUAUCGUGAGCUCGUAUUAGAGACACAUCCAGAUAGUCAGCAACGAGUAGAGGCGGUGAGUGGAAAUGGAACUGAGCGAUACGACAUGAUCCAAACGGCUUAUGCAAUGGCCACUAACCCAACGAGCCUUUGGCAUCAAAAUGGUGCGGCUCCUACGCUUCGCCGUGGUCUCGCCUCUGGAAAUUCUGCUAGUUUGCAUGUGACUCUCUUCGCUGUGAUGUCGUAUGUCAUGAUGGGCCUGGUGGCGGUUAUUUUUUCUCUUGUAGUGGUGAGGCACCUGUUGGAGGGAGCGCUGCGGCUACUGGACCCAAAAUUUUAUGCAUUUAUGACCCAACAGGAGGAGGAGGAGCGACGGCGACAACUUGCUGGUGAAGUGGUGGAUACCGAUCCCAAGCGACUUGCCCCAACAGUUGUGAAACGUCUUCUCUUCCCUGGCCGAUUUGUACAUGGUGGAGGCUCUGGGGACGAUUUCGGUUAUAAUAAUAUUUCUGAAAGUACAGGUGGUAACAGUCCUGCCGAUUGA